GGCGUUUUCAGACCUCGUCCGCUAUGUCUGGAAGAGGGAAAGGCGGCAAAGGCUUGGGCAAGGGUGGCGCUAAGCGCCACCGCAAGGUUUUGAGAGAUAACAUCCAAGGCAUCACCAAGCCCGCCAUCCGGCGUCUUGCUCGGCGCGGGGGGGUCAAGCGCAUCUCUGGCCUCAUUUACGAAGAGACCCGAGGUGUGUUGAAGGUGUUCCUGGAGAAUGUCAUUCGGGAUGCGGUCACCUACACGGAGCACGCCAAGCGCAAGACGGUCACUGCCAUGGACGUGGUGUACGCGCUCAAACGGCAGGGACGCACCCUGUAUGGCUUCGGAGGCUAAGCUGCAACUUCUGUGCUACGUGACAAUCUCAAAGGCCCUUUUUAGGGCCAACCACCCAGUCAUCAGAAGAGCUAGACACCUGUCUGAAGUAUAGGUAACUUUGAAUUUGGGGGCUGGUUAGUAGUGGGAUCAAGAGUCUAGGAGGUACCGAUGCCCAAAAGUGCUAACAGCCCUGAAAACCCGAGUCACUUACCAAAAGCUGCCUUUCCCUUGCCUGUGUCAAUUUUUGCUAGCCUGAGAGGCUAUACGUGCUCCAGAUUUAAACCAUUUUUCAGUUUGCUUUUGGAUGUGUAUCAUUUGUAAUCGUUGGACCAGACUGUGGAAAGU